AUGCUGCUGCGUCGCAUCUCGCUCGCCUCGGCCGCCGUCGCCGUUGCGAACGCACAGAUACAACUCCUCUGGUCAACCGAACUUGGAAUCACCGACAACAAAACUUUUGGGCCCGAUGGACCAUGGCAGGCGCCGCUCCUGGAGCUGAACGGUACUCGGAUGCCUCUUUGGCCAACCGGAUCUGACGUUUCUGAGCUAUUGACAACCAAAGUCGGCGGUGAUUACACGCCGUCGACCGGCGCCGUCGAGACUGGGAGCAUGAGGUCCUUCUCUGAGACCUGGUUCAGCAGCGUCUUCAUGGGGGCGAGUUGGUCGGGGAUGGAGUACUGGGACGGCAUGGUGAUCGACUCGAGGAUGGACACCAGUCACGAGAUCAAAGUCAACGCGACCAUCGUCGCUGCUGCGGAAUGGGUCGGCGCUACCGAGUCCAAACCGACCGCCUACAUGCCGUCGGUCGGCACCCUGGGCCUCGGACCAACCGACAGAAGCGAUGACAAGACCCCCCCGGGGAUUCUCGAACAGCUCAAAGGCUCGGGCGAUAUCGACAGAACCGCUUUCAGCGUGCAUAUGGGGAGUGCCGUUCUCGACAUUCCCGGAUCGCUGGUCCUCGGUGGGUACGAGCAGAACAGGGCGCUCGGUCAGGUCGGCACGUUUGCCCUUCAGGAUUCGGUGCCCAUGAUGUUUCUCCGGGACAUCAUCUUCGACUUCCAGGUACGGAACACGUCUUCCUAUCCAAGCCAAACCAACGUGAGCUUUUGGAAGGAUCCAACAGCCCUCGGCAAACAGUUCACUCAACAUCUCGGCGGCGCUGCUGGGUCGGUGGUCGUGGUGCCGGAUCCGGCCUCGCCGUAUAUGUAUCUACCGCCGGGCAUCUGUGAAGCCAUAGCAGAGAAUCUUCACAUGACGUACCAUAACGAGACGGGAUUCUACCUAUGGGCAACUGAUUUAUCUGCUCAACUAUUCGUCAACCAGACCGCAUACCUCGCCUUUGUCUUUUCCGACCAGAGCGCGACAAACCUGACCAUCAAAGUUCCGUUCCAACUCCUCAACCUCACAUUGGAGCCGCCCUUGGUUGCGCAGAACACCAGCUACUUCCCCUGUAAAUCCAUCAACCCGGCCUACGGCUUCUGGCAGCUGGGGCGCGCCUUUCUACAAGCCGCGUUCCUCGCCGUCGACUACGAAUUGAACGUCACGUACAUGGCACAAGCCCCGGGCCCACGCAUAGAACAGAGCAUCGUGAAGAAGUUUGACGGCUCCGUCAUCAGCACGAACCCGGCCACGUCUUUCGUCACGACGUGGGGCGACGCCUGGGAAAACCAGCCAGUUUUGCAGGGUGUUGACAUGGACGGCAAGGGGUUGUCGACGGGUGGCAAGGUGGGCAUCGCGGUCGCGGCGGUGGUCGUGGUGGUCCUCGCGGCUCUGUGGUUCUUGCGCCGCCGCAGGAAGCAAAAACGGGGUCCCGACUCGCCGCCUGAUGCGGUGGAUAAGGCUGUCUUGUGGUUCAACGAGAAGAGAGGCAAAGGUGGGAGGACGCAGGUGGCGAGCCAGACGAGCUCGAUGGCCGAGAACGGGGCAAACGGGGGGAUCCAUCUGGAUUAUCAGGCGGAGCCAAAGGUUCAGGGGGAAGGGAGCCUCGUCAACGAGUUGGAUUCGCGGUCGCCUCCCAAUGAGUUGGGAACGCCGUUGCCGCAUGAGAUUAGCUCUACGGAUCAUCAUCCAGUCAGACAUGAGGCGCCGGGCGAUCAUAUGGUGUUUGAGUUGCCCGCUGACUCCGAACGACCAAACAAGACACAAUGA